AUAUGUUUGUAUAUGGAAACUUAUAUAUUAAACUGUGGUGGAUUGCGCUUCGAAUAGCAAUUAAUUAAACAAAUCGUCCAAAACAAAACAGUGAUUAGAUAAAGGGAUGAAGAAGUGGAUGUUAAUUGCACUGUUGUUUGUUGUGCUUGCUUAUGACGCAGUAUGUCAGAGUGACAGUGAUUCGGUACAGGGGUCAAAUACGAAUGACAAAGAUUCGGGAACGGGGUCAAGCAUGACAUCGAGCAGAGAAAGGACUUUGUUCUUCCAACCAAAACAAAAAUGCAGAAAGUUCGGGAACGAUUACAAUAUUAAUGAAACAUUCAUUCAUCCCAUGGAUAAUUGCAGAGAGUGCACAUGUUGCGAGACCGGGAAAGUCAGGUGCUUGAAAAAAAAGUGUAACAUACCCCAGCCACCCCCUUGCGGAACGGAGCACUUUGAAGAUAUAACACCAGAUGGGUGUUGUGUUGACUGCGAUGCCGAAUGCAAGGAUAAAACCUGUAGUAUUACAAGCUGCGCUUCAGGAACACCUCACUAUGCUGCGAAUGAUUGUUGUAUGACAUGUGGUUGUUAUACCAGGGGCGGAGUUGUUCUACCGUCAAGCCCAGCGAUAAUUGAUAAUGAUAUUCAUCCGGCAUGCGAACAAUGCAGGUGCCAAAACGGAGAGCUCACCUGUGAAAACAAAGCAGCUUGCCCAUCGCCAAGGCUUCAAUGUGUUGAUGCGAAGAUAAAUCCAGACACAUGUGAAUGGUAUUGUCCAAAUGAAAGAACCUGUUUAAGGGGAGAUACUGUGAUAAAAGAAGGCGAAUAUGUAACCGUUGGCGAUAAAUUAUGCAUGUGCUACACAGACGGAGUCUAUUGGUCGCCCGUGGCCAUGUGCACAAACAAGAAUCCCAUGGGAAGCUUGGAGCUAUUGCUGGAACGUGAUAUGUGUAUGAAACGACCGACUCAUCAUUCAACUUGGACAAAAAAUUAUUGAAGCUGAUUUUCGGGAGGUAUUUUUUUGCAACGUCAUGAGAUAACGACUGCUAGUAUUUGCACAAAAUGCAUUGUUUAUAUUUGCCUUUAGAUAUAUGAGCUAAAGCAUUAA